AUGCUGGAGCGUAUGUCCCGUCGCUCUCGCUCCCUGCUCUCCCUGACCUUGACCACUCUGGCUCUGGCCCUCUCCAUCCUCGCUCUCUGCACCUCCUACUGGUGUGAGGGCACUCACAAGGUGGUUAAGCCCCUCUGCCUGUCACCUGUCAAAAUGAAGAACUGUGGUCAGAACAACAGCGAGCCUUACACCACAGAGAGUCCCACUCAGAACCCCUUCAACCGCACACUGUCUCCAGCCAGGAGAGAGGAGUUGGCCAGGAUCAGACAGAGGCAGCUGGCCAACGCCGUGCACUACAUCUGGGAGACGGGGGAAGACAAGUUUGCUUUCAGAUACUUCCACACCGGCUUCUGGGAAAGCUGUGAGAAACACAGCGAUGGGGAGAAAUGUCGCAGCUUUAUAGAGUUAACUCCAGGGGAAACACAAGGCGUGCUCUGGCUGUCAGUGAUUUCAGAGUUUACAUACAUCGGCCUGCUGGGGAUGGGCUUCUUACUGAUGUGGCUGGAAGUUUUGUGCUCUCAUAAAGAGAUGCACUCGCUGAAAAUCAAUGCCUAUGCAGCUAUCUGUACUGUGCUAUCAGGUCUUCUUGGGAUGGUAGCCCACAUGAUGUACACCACAGUAUUUCAGAUGACAGUCAUUGUGGGCCCCAAAGACUGGAGGCCUCAGUCCUGGGACUAUGGCUGGUCAUUUGCUCUUGCCUGGGUGUCCUUCAGUUGCUGUAUGGGGGCAGCUGUGGUCACACUCAACUCCUACACAAAGACCAUCAUUGAGCUCCGUCGCAGACAGAAGCUACGAUUGGAGGAAGCAAGAGCCGCCAGUCACGCCCCAUCCUAUGAUGAGGUUGUUCCAGGGGGCGGGCUUUACUCUGUCAGCGGCCUAUUGCAGUGUCCAGACGGCAUGAUUGAUGUGGCAUGGGCCCCGAAUGGCAGCAUGGUUGGAAUGGGAAAUGGGGAUGUACCAACGCUGGUUUUGGUAGGAGGCUGUGGGCCAGAGGGGUGUGAAGACUGUGAGAGAGAAAUGGAUGAGAUGGAGGAGGCCAUGGACCGAGUUGAUUCACCUUGUUAGGGAGUCAAGUUAUAUCCAUCGACUAAAAGGGCUGAAAAACUGAAAAAGGAAAGACACU